GAGAGAGAGAAGGCUCAAUUAGAGCCAGGACUUUCACAAGUCUAAAAACUCCAGAAUGCUUGACAAAUUCAAAAACAGAAACAAAACAAAACACCAGCCCUUGCUCUGGAUUGAUUGCUUUGCCUUGGGGCCUGAAAGGGAACCACAGCCCUCACCACAGUCCUGCCAGGCAGAAGGUGGCGGACGGACCCCUACGGAAUAGCACCCUGGGUUCUGUUCAUUUUCUGCCUCUCCUAUGACCACCUGCCACCUCUACUGUGACCCAGAGCUGUCUGUCUGCAGCGAUUCCGCACAGGUCACAGCAACCUGUUUACAAACAGCUAGAGUUCCAAGGCUCUCUUAGGACAAGGGACUCGGGAUGCAUCCAAAUGGACAGCAAAGCCUUGGUCAGAGAAUCCGUCCCUCCCUUUCUAUUUAUGCCGAUGUAAACACUCGCCAAGGAAACAAGCCAUGCAGGCAUGCGCAGCCCUGCAGGCCCUCGGGUGGCUGCAAAAGGCAACUGGAAAGUCACAUGUCAUAACACUGGAAAGUACAUAUGCAGCUAUUCUUAGGCUUGGAAUGUAUACACUGUCUGCCUGCCCGGCAGCCCUUGCACCGAGCUCUAGGAGCUGUGAAAGUGCCUGCAGCAUAAACAAACCCAGAACUCAUCUAGGACAGAGAAUUUGCCAACAGAAGGAAAGGCCUGGGGUUUAUGGUUUUAUUCCAAGCCUAAGGUAGAAACCUUCUGAGGGGACAAGACAAACCCGGCAUCCGUGGAUGUCACUGCAGCAAAACAAGGAUGGAUGAGGAGCUACCAGAUGGGGUUGUCUUCAAAGACGACAACUUCUCCUCUGACUUGUUGAGACAGCUCAAUGACUUAAGGCAGAGCAAGACCCUGACCGAUGUGAGCAUCUGCUCCGGAGCCUGGGAGGUCCCUUGCCACCGCAAUGUGCUGGCCUCCAGCAGCCCCUACUUCAAGGCCAUGUUCUGCAGCCACUUCCGGGAGAGCACGGAGGCCAAAGUGUGGCUGAAGGGCAUCAACUCCAGCACUCUAGAGCAGGUCGUCACGUAUGUGUACACAGGAGAGGUGCACAUCACAGCUGCCAACGUCCUCCCCCUGAUGGAGGCAGCCGCCAUGCUGCAGUACCCCAGGGUGUUCGAGGCCUGCUCAUCAUACCUGCAGAGCCAGCUGGCCCCCAACAACUGCCUGGGCCUGGUCAGACUCGCGGAAAUCUUAAACUGUGAAAGCCUUAAGAAGAGAGCCAGGGAGGUGGCCCUGACUUGCUUCCCAGAGGUAGCAGCGUCGGCUGACCUGAAGGAGCUCUGUGCCAUGGAGUUGAGAGACUACCUAGGAGAUGACAGGCUCUGCGGCGAGGAGGAAAAGGUGUUUGAGGCCCUCAUGGCUUGGGUCAAGCAUGACCUCCAGGCCCGAUGGCCCUACAUGCAGGAACUUCUGCAGCAAGUCCGGCUGCAGUACAUACAUCCUGCCUUCUUUCACCAUUUCAUUGCCAACGACGCUGUCCUCCAGUCGUCGCCCGCAUGCCGGGCCAUCCUGGAGGUGGCCAGGAAGCAGAUGUUCUCUUUGUACAGCCCCAGUGCCCAGGACUGCAAACUCGUGUGGCACGAACCCCCGAGGAGCUGCUACCAAGACUGCCUCCUUGUCCUGGGGGGCCAGAAGGACAACCAGCAGACCACCAGGGAUGUCUUGCUCUACAGUGUACACACUGGCCAGUGGCAGAGCCUGGCCAAACUCCCCGCGCGGUUGUACAAGGCCUCGGCUGUCACCUUGCACCGCAGCAUCUACGUGCUCGGGGGCGUGGCUGUGAGGGAGGGCAAGAGUGCCGUCAGUGCCAGCGUGUAUGUCUUCUCUCUGAAACUCAACCAGUGGAGACGCGGGGAGCCCAUGCUGGCAGCCCGCUACUCUCACAGAAGCGCCGCCCACCGGAAUUUCAUCUUCUCCAUCGGGGGCACCGGAGAAGGGCAGCAGCUCCUGGGUUCCAUGGAGAGGUAUGACAGCGUCUGUGAUGUCUGGGAGAGCAUGGCUGACAUGCCAGUGGCCGUGCUCCACCCUGCGGUUGCCGUGAAGGACCAAAGGCUCUAUCUUUUUGGGGGUGAGGACAUCAUGCAGAACCCUGUGCGCCUCGUCCAGGUAACCAGCCGGUCCUUCUCUCCACGCUAGGACCGAGUGUGCUUGUGUGUGCGCACACACACAUACAUAAAUAUACAUGCCUAAUACAAUAGCAUAUACACACACACAUAUACACAUGCAUGUCUGCAGCCAUGUAAACAUUCACAUGCACACGUAUACAAAUAGCACACGCAUAAUUAUAUACAGACACACUCAUACAGGCACAUGUAUAACUGAGUGAACAUAUAUGCACAUGGGCGUGUGCAUGCAUUCAGUCAGGUGUACAUUCACUCACGUGAACAUGCUAACAGUGUAAACAUGCAUGCACAUACAUGUAUGCGCACACAUGAUUAUGUGACAUAUUCGCAUACACAUGUGCGUGUGUAUAACGCCAUACAUACGCAGACAUGAACAUAUCAUGACCAACACGUGCACACAUACAUAUGCAAGUCUGCAUGCAUGGGCACAUGCGUGCACCCAUAUUACGCACACGUCUGUACACAUGCGUGUGUAUGUGUGCACUUGUGUGUACAUGCAUUUGUAUGAAAACGUAUCAUAGCACAUACAUGUCAUAAAUAUGUGCAUAUAUGCAUUCUUGUGUACCGUGUACAUACAUGCAUGAAUUUGUGUGUGUACCCCUACAUACACUCUUAUUUAUCGUGGCAUACACAUAUCUAUGCACACGUGUGCACAUAUACACUUAUGUACAUAUGUAUGCAUGCAGACAUAGAAUAGAAUACACACUUGUGCACAUAUACACCUAUGUACAUAUGUAUGCAUGCAGACACAGAAUAGAAUACACACUUGUGCACAUAUGCACGCAUGCAUACAUGUGUAUUAUAUAUGCCACAUAUGAUAGCAUAUGCAUCUGAGAACAAAUGCAUGUAUUUGUGUGUGUGUAUGAGUGUAUACACAUGCCCAGACAGGCACACACAUACACACAGGCACACACACAUAGCACACACACACAUAGCAUGCACGCAUUUGCCUUUCUCGGGGCAUGAAGAGAAGCAGGAAAUUUUCAGUGGUGUUUGGCUUAUGGAUUUUUCUUGUGAGACUAAUGCAAAGUCAUGUCAGGUGCACCCCAUCCGAAAAGAGCUUGUCUUCACUUGAAGGGAAAUAACCUAGAAGUUCAUGCUGAAACAUAUUUAAAACAAGACAGCACAGUGCUAUAGGACGCUCGUGGUGCCGUUAACCCCCCACUGCAAGGCUACCCUCCUCGCAUGGAAUCAUGACAUCUGUGCUUUACAGAGGUCUCCAGGAGCCUCUAAGGCAUGACUGGGGCUGGGACCGUGUGCCUGAAAUGACAGGAGGAAUUCAUUUCACUAGCACAGGCCCUGAGACGUGGGUUUGAAAAAGGCCAACUUCAGAGCGUCGAGUGUCCAUGCUCCGUGCAAGCUUUAAUGACUGUGCCGCACGUGGUAAGCUUCCCUUACUAUUUAGGCGACACCAGGGGUGGACUCUGUCUGGCCGCUGUCAAUGACCUGAGAGGAAACAGAAAAUUACAUCUAACCCUCCAGGAGUUUACAUGACAGCUGCAAUUCGCAAUCUGAAGAUCCAAGUGCUGAGAGCUUAAGGGGUGUCCUAGAUGGGACCAGAGGGAAUGGCAAAGAGCAUGAAGGUCCAGAGGAAUUUGGAGAAAACUCCGUGAGAGGGUGAAAGAGGAGGGAGGCGUCAGAAUGGAUGCUAAGAUGCUAAAAACGAGCAAGCAGCGGGGGGCCUGGCUGGGAGCGAAGAGCUGACAGCUGAAGACGGCAGAACUGUCUGCAGAGGGAGAGACGGACCUGGGUCCUUUGUACAGAGGCUCAGAAGAAAAGAGGAGGCAAGCGCUCUGCCUGCGGAGCCGAGAGCGUGACAGUGACAGCGUGACGUACAGUCGCCAGCGGAGUGAGGAGGAGGCUGCAUGCCAGACGGUAGCUGGGGAGGGAGCAGGUGUCAGCCCCGUGUAGUCUCCAUCAUGCCCUUCUUACGCUGCCCCAGCAGCCUCCUCCACCCAGAUCCUGCCUCCAAGGCGCUCCUACCAAAAUUCUGGAACAUUCCAGAAUGGCUUGUGGAGAAGAAGCUGCUGCGGCUGGGCUUUGUAUAUCUUGUCAGGAAACUGGGGUGGUGACCCGAGAGCGAGGGGGCAGAGAGAGCAUCAGGUUUGCGUUUCAGCGCCCUCUACCUGUGGGUCGUGACCCCUCUUGAGGGGCCGAAUGACCCCUCACAGAAGGUACAUAUCAGGUGUCCUACAUAUCUGAUGUUUACAUUAUGAUCCAUUCCAGUAGCAAAAUUACACGUACGUGUUAGCAGUGGAAUAAUUUUAUGGUUGGGGGUCGCCACAACACGAAGAACUGUCUUAAAGGGUUGAAGACUCAGGAACGUUGAGAACCACUGAUCUAGAUGCUUCUAGAGGAGGGAAUGGAGAACACCCGGGGAAGAGAGCCGGAAGAUGCUCCCAGAAGCCCGGACAGAGGGUGCUGAUGGCUUAGACCUCCGCACCUUCUUUCUGCAGCCCUUACUCCCCGUGAGCAUCAAGAAGAGGCUCAUUCUUCCAGAAGUCCACCCAUUGACUGGAGCUGGGGGGGACUCCACUAUGAUCCUCGGGAGAGACCCACCAGGGCCCCGCCCACCUCUCUCGACUGUUUGCCCAAAUAGAAUCAACAGCUAGGCCGGUGACUUCACGCCGCCACAAGACUGUCACCAACUUCCUGAGAAUAAAAUGCAAAGCUCGAAUAAACUUCCAGCUAACAGAUCAGGAAAUGCAUAGUGCAACCAAACCAAGACCCUCACAAAGCCAAACUAGCCCGGACUUGUGAGUGGCCCUUUUGUGGUACAGCCAAGGAAAGCCAGGAGUGGGUGGAUGUAGGCGGCUGGUCUGUGGGCCUGUAACGUUGGCCACACCCCUUUGGAUGUGGUUUCAGUGGGACAGAAGCAGAAAGAGAGGAGCUUGAGGCUGGCUUUCCUUGGCCCACACUUUUCUGGUGGGUCAGCGGAUCCGGUAGGCAGA